UAGGGCCGACGGGAGGGCGGCCGCGCUGCAGACGGCCAAGAUGGCGGUGGCGGCGGCUUCUCUGCGCGGGGCGGCGCUGUGUCCGCGGGGCGCGGGGCUGCCGGGCGCGCGGGUUCGGGGUCUGCUGUGCGGCGCGCGGCCCGGGCAGCUCCCACUGCGGACGCCUCAGGCGGCGGCCCUGUCGUCGCGGGCCGGCCUGUCCCGGGGCCGCAGGGUGGCGCUGACCGCGCUGGGCGUGCUGGCGGCCGGGGGCGCGGGCCUGGCCGCGGCGCUGCACUCGGCCGUGAGCGCCAGCGAUCUGGAGCUGCACCCGCCAGGCUAUGCGUGGACGCACCGCGGUCUUCUGUCCUCGCUGGACCACGCCAGCAUCCGCCGCGGCUUCCAGGUGUACAAGCAGGUGUGCUCAUCGUGCCACAGCAUGGACUACGUGGCCUACCGCCACCUCGUCGGCGUCUGCUACACCGAGGAGGAGGCCAAGGCAAUGGCCCAGGAGGUGGAGGUCCAGGAUGGCCCCAAUGAUGAUGGGGAAAUGUUCAUGCGGCCAGGGAAGCUGUCCGACUACUUCCCCAAGCCCUACCCCAACCCUGAGGCCGCGCGCGCUGCCAACAACGGAGCACUGCCCCCAGACCUCAGCUACAUCGUAAGAGCCAGGCAUGGCGGUGAGGACUACGUCUUCUCCCUGCUCACGGGCUACUGUGAUCCACCGACCGGCGUGUCUCUGCGUGAGGGGCUGCACUUCAACCCCUACUUUCCUGGCCAAGCCAUCGGCAUGGCUCCUCCCAUCUACAAUGAGGUCUUGGAGUUUGAUGAUGGCACCCCAGCCACCAUGUCCCAGGUAGCGAAAGACGUGUGCACCUUCCUGCGCUGGGCAUCCGAGCCUGAGCAUGACCAUCGCAAGCGGAUGGGGCUUAAGAUGUUGAUGAUGAUGGGCUUGCUAUUGCCCCUGGUCUACGCCAUGAAGAGGCACAAGUGGUCAGUCCUGAAGAGCCGGAAGCUGGCUUAUCGGCCACCCAAGUGAUCUUGCCCAAAGCCUGCUUGCCAUCCCAUCUGAACAGGAGCCAUCCUGGGCCUGGUUGGGCCUCAGCUGGCCACCUUGGCCAAGACCCUCUUUUUGGGGGAUGAGGGGAGGGGGCAGGAGGCUGGGCUCAAACUCCAGAAUCUUCAGCCCUAAUCAUGGGAAUAAAUUAAGUUUCUCAAAAUA